UAUGAUUUAAUUUUAGUUUCAUGUUUAACGUCUAUUUUUAGUUUUUUUUUUACGGUCAAUAUUUGAAUGUUCAUAGAGGUGGAGCUAAAUGCCCUCAGUUCAUGCCCGACGAUGGUUGCUUUCAGCGGCUUACACAGACAGCAAAAUGUGGGAGGCGAGAGAGAAAGAUCCUCAGAACCUGGCUGUACUCGCCAACACUAUGGACAGGACAUAUGACAGGAAUCUCCCUGUUAGCUCUCUGAUUAUGUCACGGUUUGUGGACAACAUAUCAUCCCGGGAAGAAAUUGAUCAAGCAGAGUACUACCUUUAUAAGUUUCGUCACAGUCCAAACUGUUGGUACCUGCGAGACUGGACCAUUCACGGCUGGAUCAGACAGUGUCUAAAACAUGGGGCUAGAGAUAAGGCCUUGCACACACUUAAAAACAAGAUCCAGUAUGGAAUAUUCCCAGAUGACUUCACCUUCAAUCUCCUCAUGGAUUCCUUCAUUAAGGAUGCAGACUUUAAAAGUGCGUGUUCUGUGGUUGAAGAGGUGAUGCUUCAGGAGGCUUUUGAUCUUCCCUCCACUCAGAUCCUGUCUCUGUAUGCUCUGGGCAGUUACCUAGCAACCAGACCACAACUUGCUGUGUCAGAAGAACGGGCUCUGGGGGCAUCGCUGCUUAUCUGUGGACAGAAGCAAGACAACACCAUUGGCCUCAGUGCUCAGCUGCUUGGCAAUGCUUUCCUCGGCAAGGUAGAAAAUUUAAAGGGCAUACAUGCCGUCUUCAAAGGGAUGCCUCUCUUCUGGGGUCGAGGAUAUCUGGGCAGAGCGCUGGCCAUUAUGGAGAGAGUGGCUGCUGCUUCUAGUGAUGUCAAACUGUCCAAAGAUACACUGGGAUAUGUGAAUGACUUGCUCCACGACCUGCCUUUGACCUCAGAGUCAGACUCUUCUGGAGAAGAGUCAGGAGGUGAAGAGGACAAGAAAGAAAACACUGUAGAUGAAGACGAUCAGGCCGAAGCUGCUAAGCUACCCGAGUAUGUCAAGAAAUUCAAGGAAUUGAGCAGUCAGCUGGAGUCUCAGGGUAAAGUAGAGUCAACCUCUUUCCAGGAUUUAGUGACCGCUCUGGCCCAGCAGAACCUGGCUGCUGCCGAGACACCGGACCUCGAGCAGUAUGAGAGCCAGGUACAGGCCUGGGAGGCCGAGAAGAGGCAGCUGAUCCAGAGAGAGAAGGAGAUGAGGGAAAAGGCUGAGCAGGAGAAACAGGAGCGAUUAGCUGCCAUGGCUGCAGCUCAGCAGGUGUAGAAACUUUUUACAUGGAGCCAACUGUGACUCACUGAACUGUCCGUCGAGUACGUACUUUAAAAUGUGUAUACUUGUGAGUGUAUUAUUAUCAUUGCACCGGAUUCUGUCACUUAUUACUUUUGUAUAUAUCAGUUAUUGUGUUGUGGCUCUGUUUUUAUAUAAUAGAGCUAAUAUAAAUAGGCUGUCAAAAUAAAACACACUUUCAGUUCUAUCA